UUAUUAUCUUAGUGGUGCCGUUCGAAUUGUCAUCUCGUGACUUGACUUCGUCAGUAGCGAAAGCAAAUAUGGAGCCAAUAGCUCGUCUUGUGAAAGUAUCGUUACCAAAUUAUUUAGCUGGAUUACCGAUUCCAGAUACGAUAGGAGGAUGGUUUCGACUCGGUGUGACCGAUUGGGCAUCAUUAAUUCCACCAACAGCUUUAUUGGCAGGCAUUGGUUAUAUGUCGUACAAAGCGUUUUGUCCUCAUGGCAGACCGAAACCAUGUGGUAGAGUAAAUCCUUCUAUUAAGAAAGAUGUUAAUAAAGUAGUAGAUAUCAUUGACGUCGAAGAUAUAACAGAGAAAGCCGUUUUCUGCCGUUGCUGGAGGUCUAAAAAUUGGCCAUACUGUGAUGGAUCUCAUGGACCAUUCAAUAAAGAGGUCAACGACAAUGUUGGUCCAUUGGUCGUGAAGAAAGAGAAAUAAAUUCAAGCUGUCUGUUAUUUAAAUACCGGUUGACACAAAUACACUAUACUGUUUUAUACUGUUAGGGAAAAGUAAUUCUUAAAGGUAUGGAAUAAGUAUUUCAUGUAUUAUAAACGAUUCCUUAUUUUUCUGUAGAUAGUGCAUUAUUGUAUUACCAAGGAUUUAUAGAAAUGAUUAAUUAUCAAGAAAUAAGGUAUGCAUGUUAUUUACCUGAUUGUUAAAAAAAUACCGGAAAUAAUUUAUAAAUAAAUAUACAGAGAGAAAGAGAGAGAGAGAG